UCGGGUUCUGCAGUCGUCGGUGCGGCCAUAGUGCCAUCAACCUUUGCCACGGAGCGGCCCCUUCUGGCUGUGAUUGGUAAUGAUGGAGAUUUUCGUGUUUGGGACCUCAAAUCUGAAACUGUACUCCUCCAUACCACCCUUCAAACUCCAUCCUCGACUUCAAGACGUCUGCAAGGUGAGGGAGAUGGGGGAGAUGUUGAAAUGCAAGACGAACCUAUAAGUGAUUCGCUCUCGGGCUUUCUGUGCAUGGCUGCUCCUCAACCUGAUGUUUCUGCUACUGCGAACAUUGUCGAUAUUGUUGCGGUGGCGGGUCACGAACUGAUUGUUUUUGUGCCUUGUCGGCCACCACCACUGGAGGAAAUUAGUGAGGGGUCGAAGAAGAUUCCACUUACUGCGUUCGAGUUGAGCAGUGUAGUAAAGUAG